UUCUCUUUGUAUCCACUGGUUUGUUCUAAAUCGAGUUUUACCAAAAACUCAAAGUUCAACAUGAACACCACGAAUGAAAAGGAUGAAAUUAAAGUUCAAACAACAUCAAUCGCAUUUAAUUACAACUCCGAAUUUGUUUGACGUAAAAACUGGUCAGACAAUUAGACGUGAAGCCUUUGUUUUCGUUGUGUCUGUACAUUACACGCCUUAACUUAUGUCAAAAGUUCGAAAAGAACAACGAAAGAACAUCUAAUAGAAUGGAUAAAAAUAGACAAGAAUUACGUAGAAUCUACGAUAAUAAACAAUUUGAUUGAACGAGAGCUUUCGAUAAUUGCGAGAAACGUCGUUGUUUUCGAUGGUAUUUUUACCAUUCAACUCAUCCCUCUCCUUCCACACAUAUAAGAUUUGUGCUACUUCACUUCGAUAUGACAAGUUUUCCGUUUUCAUUAUUGCGGGUGAUUUCGUCGAGUGUGAAUAGUGUAUGUAUAACACGCACGCAGACACAUACAGACAGUGAAAGUUUAAGUAAGGCGAAUAGCACACUUAUCCAGGGUCAUCAGAAUAAUCAUCAAGUCAAAAACAGUGCGCAAAAAUAUCUACCAAAAAUCAGAACGUCAAAUAAAAAAAAAUCGAAGAAGUGCCACCGAAAAAGAGUGAGGGAGAACAGUUAGAGCGAUAAAUUGAGUGACAGCCACAGCCCUAAAAUCGACGACCGACAAAAAAAUAGAAGAAGUAGUGGAUUUUCAUUGAAGACGGUGGUGAAAUCGAAAUGGGACAUGAUUUAAAGUCGCUAAAAGGAUUUCACCAGAAUUGGUCAGAAUUCACCGUUUUCUGGCCGCCAUUUUAAUUAGGAUUUAACACAAAAAAAUAAUAAUAUUAAUAACGAAGCUUUAUGCCAAUAAUAAAUCAAAAUUCGAUCAAAUACUUUGAAGUGAAUACAAAACAAUACACGAGACACACACACAAGACGAAGAGAGAAGCGAAUGCCCGUCAUUUAGCCAAUAUUAAUUUAGCAAAUUUUUGACCGAAAAUGUUCUUACGUAGAAUGUAUAUUAUGGAAUGUGGUUAGUGAAUUAAGUGUAUGAAUCAAGUUGUGCCCCAGAAGACGUUAAAAACACGUCUGUCUGGUGGUCAUGGAGCCUUCUGGCAACUCACCAGAUAACAAUGUCAAUAGCCUACAAGAACAUCAACAACAGCAGCAGCCAUCACAACCAACAACGCAACAUCAUCAACCACAGCAGCAAAAUGCAAGCACUGCACAACAACAGCAGCAGCAACAACAACAACAGCAACAACCGCAUUCGCAAACAACAUCAUCGCUGGAACGUCUGUCGAGGCCCAUGGCAUUCGAUAAGAUGGAAAUUUUGGUGAGAGAGAUGCAAGAUCCCGAAUGCGGCGUCCCGGUUCGCAGCCAAAAGCUUUUCUUAACAUCGAUUCCGUCUGCUUUUAUGGGCUAUGAUUUAAUUGAAUGGUUAAUGGAACGCUUAUCGAUCGAAGAAUCCGAAGCGUUGAACAUUGCCAAUCAAUUAUGUUUACAUGGCUACUUUUUUCCUGUUAGUGAUAGCAAAACGCUUGUAGUCAAAGACGAUUCGUCGCUCUAUCGUUUUCAAACACCGUAUUAUUGGCCAUGGCAACAUAAAACACCCGACAACGUUGAAUAUGCCAUUUACCUCGUGAAACGUUCGCUACGAAAUAAACAACGUCACGGUCUCGAAGACUAUGAAGUCGAUGCGUUGGCUAGUUUGCAUAAGAACCUAAAAGCAAAAUGGGAUUUCAUCACGAUGCAAGCCGAAGAGCAAGUGAAAUUGUCAAAGGACCGGAAGAAAGGCGAUAAAAUCGUUGCCGAUUCACAGGAACGUGCAUUUUGGAGAGUUCAUCGCCCGCCACCUGGCCAAUUUACACCUUUAGAACCGUGUCCGGUGCCGUCACGUGAUCGUCAAGGCAAACCACGUCGCCGUACUUCCGAGGAUGUGCAACGUGAGGUCGACUAUCUAACGGCUUCACUCGGACGAACACGCAUCAAAAUGUCACAAGCUUGUGAAUUCUUGGCUCAAUACUGGGAAACAUUUUCCGAUUAUGAUUUCUUCUUGCAAUCAGCUCUCCCAUCUAAUCCUUGGGUGACCGAAGAUCAAACGUUUUGGCAACUGAACAAUAGCAUCGUUGAUGUGCCGACAGAAAAACGAGUUCGUCGAUGGGCCAUUUCAAUCGAAGAGCUCGUAUCCGAUCCAACCGGUUUACAGGAAUUUCAAAACUAUCUGCGUAAAGAGUAUUCCCAUGAAAAUAUUCGCUUUUGGACAGCGGUAAAUGACCUACGGCGGUCGGCUCAUUCGCAAAUUGCACGCAAGACUAAGGAAAUCUAUGAGGAAUUUCUUGAGCCCGGUGCCCCGUGCGAAAUUAACAUCGAUAGUAAAACCAUGGAAAAAGUUCAAGGCGGCUUGAAAACACCGUCACGCUUUACAUUCGAUGCAGCCUCCGAACAUAUAUAUGCGUUGCUUUUGAAAAAGGACUGUUACCCACGAUUCAUUCGAUCCGAACACUAUAAAUCAUUGGUGGCCACUGGCAUACAACCAUCGCAUAAGAAACGAUUCUUUGGUUUUGGUGGAGCGGCGAAAAAGAAAAGCUCGACGACAGCACCGCCAAAUAUGGCGCUUUUAUCGCAGACGCCAUCGGUAAGUACAACAGCCCCAACCACAACCGGUGUUCUAUCACGUCGUCGAGGCAGCGAUCGAAGUUUAAGUGGAUCAGCGCAUGAGUUGGCGGUGUGUGGAGUUGGAAAAGAUGUCAGCAAUAAAGUGCCACAUUCACAUAGUCAGAGCAAUCUAAGCGAUAUUCCGUAUAGUGUAGUGAUUUACAGAGGCGAUAUGCCGUCGGGUAAUGGUGAUGCUGUCAGUGGCGGCAGCAGCUGUAAUAAAGAAGUACCAAAUGUAAUAGCCUCCACUGCAACUGGAGUACACAAUGCUUCUAAAAAUUAUCCAGAAGGGGCGAAGUUAAUACCCGAAAACUUGGAAUCAACUUUAGCGCCGGGAGCCGCUAGCUGUUGUCCUUGGGAUGACGUCAGUACCGGUGACAAUUUGGCUGUUUCAGUAUCAGUUUGUCCCUGGGACGACGAUGAACCACCGUCAACCUCAAAACAGGCAAUUGCUAGUUUUUUAUCCAGAUCAAGAAAUAAUUCAGCUUUUGAUUCUGGUAGCUCGUCGUCAGAUAUUAGCGAGAUAUCGGAACGAAUGCGAAAAACGUGCGGAUUACGUCAAAAUACACUCGACUGUGAAUUGUUGCCGAGUGGCAAACGACUUGCACCCAUAUCCACUGAACCAAGACGGGCAUCCAUUACCAUUGCGCCGAGAUUGUGCGACAUGCAUUUCUCCUUUAGACAACAAAGUGGUCCAACAGCCACAACGAAUAUUGAACAUCAGCCGUCCUUUGAUAAAUCCAAGAAAAUUGAUAGCAGUGUGGAAACAAUACCAACAAUUUCAAAAUCAUCAAUAACAGACCUAAAAUCGCAUUCAAGCAGUAGCAUCGCAGCGAUGCCAAGCACGGAUAAAAUACCAUCGUCACCGAAGCAACAGCAGCAACAACCAACGAAAACGCGAAGUUUUGAUGAUCGUGAAUGUUUACGUACAGCCACGGCAAGCGAAUCGAAUACCAGUUCGAAGAGUAGUAUAAAAUCGCCAAUCGGUGACGCAUGCCAUGAUGAACAGAGAAAAUCUAGUGAAAAUAUUAGUUUACAUUGUGAAAUUAACGAACCAAAUAAUACAAACGUUCGGCAAGAGAACAUUAUUUCUGCUGUGCUUUCAAAUGUAGGUGAUACUAAUUUAGAAGCAAGACGAUGUUCCGUUUUAUCGGAUGGUGCAAAAGUACGAAGUGAAAGUUUAUCAUUGAGUGCAUCACCGCCAAAAAUAACCGUUAUGUGUGCACCGUGCAUCGAUGUUAUAUUGGCCGAAUCAGCACAGGCACAGCAUACGGAUACAAUUGAAUGUGAUGUGAGUGAUAGUGAAGAAAUUGCUCAAAAUACAAAAAACGAUGAGCCAGCAUCAGAAACAGGAGGAGAAGAAGCAGCAGCAGCAGCAGCAUCGGCAACAACAACUGUAGAUGCAGCAGCGGGAGCAACAGUAGCAACGCAGUGUUCAAAGGAUGCUGGCAUUCGAAAAACAUCAUCACCGACACCUGACGCGAGCAACUUACAACUGUCGCUAGAGGUGAAAAAGUCCGACGAGGUGACAAGUCAACCGGAGGAUUUGUCGCCAUCGAUGGACGAAUACGAAGAAUGCAAUCCGACAAGUGGUGACUAUCAAUAUGACACAAUCACUGGCGGUGAAUCGUUGGUACCGGGUUGCGUUGCGCCUGCUCCAACGCCAUCACCACAAAUCGCACCAUUAGCCGAAAUCGAAGUCGAUCCUCCCGACGACGAUAUGUCUGUCACUGGAAUUGAAAAACCACCUGAAAUACACAUCGAUCCGGUUAACCCCACUGAUGAUGAUACCAAUGAAUCAACUGCCAAAACGCAACCACAGCAACAGCAGUCACAAACAGCACGUACAAAACCGAAGAAGAAACAAAAGUCAACCGACAAAGGUGAUGGAGUGCAGGUGAAAGCGAGCGAAGAGACUAGCCGAAACACCAUUUGCCCAUGGGAAGAUGAAGACGGUUCGUCGACAUCCGAUGAUAAAUUUGUAAAAACAUAUUCAACGCUUGGAUAUCUCUGAAUGCAUAAGCUCCCCUUCACACACUUUGCGUAACAUUCGACCUGACUUAUAGUGAAUACUGGUGCAAAAUAUCCAAAAUAACAAAUGCAGCCAAAGAGACUUUGAUCGUACAAACAACAAACAAACAAACAAAAACAGAAAAAUGCACAUAAACACACUAUAAACCAAAUGAUGAAACUACAACACAGAGUUAUACUAUAAUAUGGAAAACGACCCCUUUCAUCACUCAUCGAAUACAACAAACAAACAAACACACUCAACCAAAUCGUAAAGAAUUUCAAUGAACAGAUAACAAUAAAUAGUAAAUAAGAUAAAAGAAAAUAAUAUCGAACCGACAACAUGGAAAUCAUAAACCUGAUCCAAGGAAAAAAACAGAAAAA